CUUUUGCCAAAUGGUUAGACUGGAACUGAGGAUCGGUUAUACACCAGACAUACAAGGUUUAUUUGAACUACAACAAUGAGUAAGCUAAUGUUGUUACUACGCGUGAAGUGAUGUGACGUUUCAAAUGUGGAUGCUUUCAGUACACGUCCCAGUCUGGGGGAAAUUGCGUGCAAAGACAACUGAGGUAAUCUCUCCAAAUACUGCGGAAAUCAUCUCUCCAAAUGUGUAAAGACAACUAAUUCCUUCUCUCUAAAUGUGCAAAGACGACUGACACCACUCCCCAGAGUACAUGAAACACUCGAGCCCCUGUCCCUGAAUGCACAGGAGUGUAGCAGGGCAGGAUGGACCCUUUCGUUCCAGUGACCUGCGUAGUACUCCUCCUGGCCCUGAACCUAGCCGUGUCUCCGGCCUCCCUCGGCCCUGAGGAUUACCCCGCGGACGAGGCCGAGCCGGGGGCCGGCAACGACGUCCUCUUCGACGACUACCGCGGGAAGGGGUGCGUGGACGACAGCGGCUUCGUGUACGCACUCGGGGAGCGCUUCUUCCCCGGGCACUCCAACUGCCCCUGCAUGUGCACCGAUGACGGCCCAGUGUGCGACCAGCCCGACUGCCCCAAAAUACACCCCCGCUGCACCAAAGUGGAACAUAACGGCUGCUGCCCCGAGUGCAAGGAGAUAAAGAACCUGUGCGAAUACCGGGGAAAGACCUACAAAGUGCUGGAGGAGUUUAAGCCGUCUGCGUGCGAGUGGUGUCGGUGUGAGCCCAGUAAGGAGGUGCACUGCGUGGUGGCCGACUGCGCCGUCCCGGAGUGCGUCAACCCCGUCUACGAGCCGGAGCAGUGCUGCCCCAUCUGCAAGAACGGCCCAAAUUGCUUUGCCGGUUCAACGAUCAUCCCAGCGGGUAUCGAGGUGAAGGUGGACGGAUGCACCAUCUGCCGGUGCCACAUGGGGGACUGGUGGAAACCAGCCCAAUGCCUGCGCAGGGAGUGCCUGAACGGACACGCGUCGCCGUAGCAACCCGCCGGCAAGCCAGGGCGGAGCUACGGCGUGAUGUCGUCACGGCUACCCAGAGCCUAAGCCAGGUGUGGGCGUGGCUGGCUGGAGCACAGUCCAGUGGAGAUCUGAGACUGCCACGAGCUGGGAUUGGCCUAACGGACGCAGGAAAUGCAGCACCUUCACACCGCGGCAUUGGUUUUUAUUUCCUUCUAUAACUUUUAUUGUUAUUACUUGUUUAUGCUGCUCGCACAGACAGAUUGUGUGGACAUUUGGGUUUCAGCACACGGCGCUUGCAUUGUUUGAGAAAGGCCAAUACCAUCUACAGCCAUCUGCCUAGACUGUAGCCAUGAAGAGUAAUACAAAGAAUAAUAAAAUAACUGAGAAAAUGUACAAAACAACAAGAGAGGGUGAGUAAAGCAAUGUUAAUGGAAUUCUGGGUAAACUCAAUCUAUUUACUCACAUCCAGUGUGUCCAGAGGGAUUUCUGCCCAAAAUGUACCGAAAAAUGUAGAUUCAUUUCCAAAGACAUUACGUUAAAUCACCUCUGGGUAAUACAAUACAGUAUCUCCACAACUGUAGACUAAUUCUCCAACUGCAGCGCAUUAAGAGGUUACUUCUGUACCCGACCACAUCAGGUACAACUCUUAGUGUCCACUAGAAGAUGGUGUACAAUUGUAGAUGCAAGGCAACACCACUGAGCCGAAAACCUAAGAGGGGUAAAGCGAUGUUACUCAAAAGCCACUGCUCUGAAGCUCAGAGGAGUAAAGGGGAGGACAAGAGGGAUGGAAGGAGGGAGAACAGAAGGAAGGGUAGAGAUGAAGAGUGGGAAGGAAGAUGAUGAAAGAAACUGAAUGAAUAGGGGUCUGGUGCUAAUUACACAGGAAGGGGACACAGGGGCUGUCCUGUGGGGAUUAAGGCAUGAUGGGUAAUAAGGAGCGUUAUCACAUCAAGGCUGUGCACAUACAGUGCCUCUGCCUGAGAGUAUCACACCUGGAUUGGAGGAGCUGGAUUGGCCAUGGGAAAAGGCCUGUGCAUACCCAAAGUGUAUCCUCUGAAAUACAACCCCAAAAACCCGGCAUUUGCCAACACACUAAUGCAGACUAACUGUUUUAACUGCACUUUCUUUCUUUUUUUGGUCAAGAAAAUAGCUAGAAUUCUAAGCAACUGGAAAGUAUCCUACAGUUCAGUCUGUUUUCAUUUCCCUUAAUCAGGCAUUUAUCUGAUAAAUGAGUGUUUUAAGCUUACAGCAGACACCGGUGCAAGAGAAAGCAAAAGAGACAGUGUGUGCAGAGUCAGGAUCCAUGCAUCACACUGACCUCAAUAAGUACCACCCCUUCAUCACUGGCCAUUAGAUAGAUGCCCAGCUUGUACCACCCAUUCCAAUCCCGUGUCAAAAGCCCACACAUCAACUCUCCGUGUGCCAGCAAGCCAUUGAUCUUACAACACCUGAGAGCUGAAGAGAAUCUAUACACUCUAUUUGCUUAACUUUACCAAACACAUCCAAUUCACUGCCUGUGUAUAAUUUUACAAUUGCAUUGUGUUCAUUUUCUGCAUGGAAUUCUAAACUGAGUCAGGUCCUACAUAAAUGCUACGUAAAUCACGAAGACAAGCAUACCGUAAAGCCAUGCUCCCAAACCCCACCUAUAGAAUGACAGGUACAAUACACUAUUAAUUCAGGACAGAAAACCACAGAUUCAAUGUGAUUAAUCACAGGCAUUUUGUCCCAGAAUGGACUCUUAAUGGAGAAUCUUUUAGAUCAGCCCCGCCCCCAUUGGUGAUGGAUGGAGAGUGUAAUGUUGAAGGGCUUGAGGUAUCAGCACUGAGAAAUAAAUUCAAGAAGAUUCCUCACAAUUCCCUAAAGACUCACUCUCUCCCCACAAUACCCUAAAGACUCACUCUCUCCCCACAGUUCCCUAAAGACUCACUCCCUCCCCACAGUUCCCUAAAGACUCACUCCCUCCCCACAGUAGCCUAAAGACUCACUCCCUCCCCACAGUACCCUAAAGACUCACUCCCUCCCCA